GAAGGCAACCGGCGAGGCUAUCGAUGAGAUGCUGGCCGCCAACGACCCCGUCAAAAACAGCAACGGCAAACGCGUAUCCGGAGCCCAGCUUCCCGAUCGAGCGGUCAGGAGCAGUGGGAGGGAAAGGGAGCUACCCCAUCCGGUUCAAACCGAACGCGGCGGCCUACACACUGGAGAUCUGCCCGUGCGACGGUCAACCGGUGGCAAAGAACGGCGCGGCGAAAGUUGUCCAGGUGCCUCGGAAGCGUAUCAUUGAGUGGCUGAAGCAGGAGGAGCAGCUCAGGGAAAAGGUCAGCGCCAACCCCAAGCUUUCGAAGGCCAAGCAGGAUGCCGGAGGAGGCGCUGGCUUUCAAGGUCAAAUUCAACUCCUGGUACCAACGGUUCCGCAAGCGAAAUCGGUUCAGCAUCCGCNCUUCCCGAUCGAGCGGUCAGGAGCAGUGGGAGGGAAAGGGAGCUACCCCAUCCGGUUCAAACCGAACGCGGNAGUGCUGGCGGUCCUUCCUCUGCGGAUCAGAGAGCUGCCGCUGCGGACCCGAAGGCAACCGGCGAGGCUAUCGAUGAGAUGCUGGCCGCCAACGACCCCGUCAAAAACAGCAACGGCAAACGCGUAUCCGGAGCCCAGCUUCCCGAUCGAGCGGUCAGGAGCAGUGGGAGGGAAAGGGAGCUACCCCAUCCGGUUCAAACCGAACGCGGCGGCCUACACACUGGAGAUCUGCCCGUGCGACGGUCAACCGGUGGCAAAGAACGGCGCGGCGAAAGUUGUCCAGGUGCCUCGGAAGCGUAUCAUUGAGUGGCUGAAGCAGGAGGAGCAGCUCAGGGAAAAGGUCAGCGCCAACCCCAAGCUUUCGAAGGCCAAGCAGCGCAAGCAGCACCGCGGUUGUGGUAAUCGGGAGGUGAUGAUCAAGCUGCUCGAGCUGAAGCCUGACGCCCUUGGCAGGAUGCCGGAGGAGGCGCUGGCUUUCAAGGUCAAAUUCAACUCCUGGUACCAACGGUUCCGCAAGCGGAAUCGGUUCAGCACCCGACGGCGUACCAGCGUGGACCAGAAACUGCCGAAGGGGUACGAGGGUAUGGCGUGGGCGACGGUGAUGAAGCUGCGCGAGGCUCUCCUGACUUCCGAGCAGCUGGCGUCUGUGGAGGCGGAGGUUUUCGAGGAACUCGGCAACAUGAAGCAGACGCCAGUCCAGCAGGAGAUGCCGGUGGAGACCACUCUGGAGAAGACCGGUGCAAAGGAUGCUCGCAUCAGCACAGGAGGCAAAGAGAACGAACGCUUCACGCUCGUUCCGGCUGUCAUGGCGGACGGCAAAAAGGUUUCGCCGCGCAUCAUCUUCAAGGGCACGCCGUUCAUCCCCCCGACCGUGAGCGGCAAGGGGAAGAGCACCCUGCCGCGGAAUAACUCCGAAGCCGUGGGAGAUCCAUCCUGCGAAUCGAUCCAAGCACGGCCACCCUGCCGACGCAAUGUCCUUCGGCGUGCAGGAGAAGAGCUGGAGUGACCAUCGGGAGUGCAACGGGUGGAUCUCGGGCAGCUGGAAGCUCCGUCCCAACAACGGCAGCAUCGUCCAGCAGCGCCCGUGCGUCCUGGUGCUGGACGACUUCAAGUGCCACAAGGACGAGGGUUUCAUCGCCCCCCUCAAAGAGAGACGUCAACACCAUCGUCAUCAUCCCAGGCGGGUU